UUGUAUCUUUUGUUUCCUGUCCAUGGCAUACAGCUAUCCUGGGGCAACACAGACUCAGAUCUAAGAGCUGACCAUGACACUGUACAAACUUCCUGGAUGUCUGAAUGCUGUGGCCUGUGGGGUCCUGCUUCUCAUUCUGCAUGUGCAAGGCCAGGACUCAGCCAGCCCCAUCAGGAAUACACACAUGGGCUGAGAGAGAUGCAACCGUGUCCAUGUUAAAGGCACUAACAGCUCUCCACACCUUUCUGGGAAUUCCCUUUGCCAUGCCUCCUGUAGGACCACUGUGCUUUGCAUCUCCUGAGGACCCUGAACCAUGGAGUGGUGUGAGAGAUGGGACAUCCCACCCUGCCAUCCCAGCAACAAACUCAUCUGAAGAAGCCCAAGACACCCAGACAAUACUGGAUAAUGACCACAACCACAUCUUCAGUAGCUGCCUGUGUGGACCCAUCAUACAUGGAAGCCAUGCCUGCAAUCAGUCCACCACCGUGGAUCCAUACCAUCACCUGGAGAAGUCAAGAGAGGUACCAGGAAACUCCUAGCUUGUCCAAGCUCUCUGGUCUGUUUACUAGAAUACCCACUGCUGUGAUUCUGUGCAGCUACAGAAAUACAUAAAACUCCUAAGGAUUUCAGGUCCUUGGCCAGAGCCAGGGGCCUCUAGUAGCUACUAGUGCCCAU